GAGGGCGGGAUUUCCUGUGCUGUUUCUGAGCUGAAAAAAAAAAAAAAUCGGCGAACUAAGGGCGGCUCGGUGUUUGGUUUCUUUUUUCUGAUUUAAUGUCUUAGUAAAGAAACCCUUACUGUGCGUGUCCUAGACUACAUCCAGAAGUAGCUAGCUAGCCAGUAAUAACGAUGUCUACUGAACCCACUGUGGCCGACACUCGCCGGUUAAACUCCAAGCCGCAGGACCUGAUGGACGCGUACGGACCUCCGAGCAAUUUUCUGGAAAUCGACGUCUAUGAUCCGCAAACUAUCGGAGUCGGACGGAACCGGUUCACCACUUAUGAAGUCCGGAUGCGGACCAACCUCCCCAUUUUCAAGUUGAAAGAAUCUUGUGUACGAAGAAGGUACAGCGACUUCGAGUGGCUGAAAAAUGAGCUGGAAAGAGACAGUAAGAUCGUCGUGCCUCCUCUGCCUGGGAAGGCACUGAAGAGACAGCUCCCUUUCCGUGGAGAUGAGGGAAUAUUUGAAGAGUCGUUCAUUGAAGAGAGAAGAGUUGGACUUGAACAGUUCAUCAACAGAAUUGCUGGUCAUCCCUUGGCUCAGAAUGAGCGCUGUCUUCACAUGUUCCUGCAGGAGGAGAGCAUCGAUCGCAACUACAUCCCUGGAAAAGUAUGAAUGAAGUAAGUUUUUGGGGUUUUUCUUCACUUUGAGAAUCAUAAUGUUGUAAAUAUUGUCGGGGAAACCCAGUGUCUGCAUGGACCCUAAUUCUGUCGUAAAGAAACGCAUAUGCAACUCAUCACCCAUACUGACAGCAGGUGCUGUAAUUUCUGUCCUCCAUUUUGCUUUGCUAAUUUUUUUCUGCUUAUCAGUCGAUGGCAGCUCGUGAAAAGACUCGGGGGUUGUUCCCUGUUUAUUUUGGGUUUUUUUGCAAGUUGUUUUGCAUGUCUUGAUUGCAUGAAUCAGGUAAGUUUUUUCAUUUUUAAACGCGCAGAUGGGUUAUGCUUGGCUUUUAUAUUUCAACUUGUCAUUUACAGCACCACAGUCGCCAGCUCUGCAUUAACCUGAUCACUUAAAAUGCACAAUUCUAAAACUAAUACUAUACUAUGUGGGACGUAUUGCUGUUAAAUUUAUUGUUUCAAAGUAAAUAAGCAUUUGCUUACUCCGUGUCAGUCUGAGCAGUGUGCUAGGAUUUUCUCUUAACUAGCAUUUAUUUGGUUUCUGUUCCUGUCAUGAGAACAUGUGCUCCUGCAGGUGUCAUGUCAUUAUUUAUUUUUUCCACUUGUAUUCUCAGAUGCUUCAGUAAGACAAAGGCGCCUCCUCCUCUCAGAAGACUGCCUCAUCUCUGUGCUUUAUACUUGCCUAGCACGCUUACUCAGGUGCUCUUAAAGAAAACACUGAACCCAAUUCGAACAACGGUCUUAAUUGUUUUGCUGUCUAGGCUUUUUAUUUUAUUUUUUUUUUAAAUCUCGACGCUAAAUCAUUUAGAGGCCCAGCAUUAAUGCCUUGAAUAGACUGCACGAAUAUCUUGCAUUGCAUGAGUGAUUUGUUUCUUAAAGUGUCAUGUCAAGUCAAUUCACGGUAAGGAUCGUUCUGUAAUAAGUAGCCCAGUCCCUGGAGUCUGUCUUCGCCUUGGUCAUGUACAUCAGUGUCCAGUAAGCCUCAUUUACUGCAUAUUUCAAAAUGUAGCAAGGCAGACAUGAGUGAAAUUGGGACCACACAUUGUUCUUGUUUGACAUUCCAUGUUUCAUUUAUGCACAUUCUGAGCAAAUGCUUUAUAUCUAUACACACACACACACACACGUGGAAGAGUAGUGUGUUACAGCAUUGUGUGUGUUCUUGGCUUCUCUAUAUGUUGGUGUUGGAUCACUGCAGAUAGGACUGUACAAGUUCAAUCACAAUGAAAAUCACUGAACCCUGCUGUGUCUCUAACGUCCUUAUCAAAAUUAUUUCUUGUUUUUAUAAAUUUUUAAUAUUGCUGAUUCAAAACUAUAUACAUUAAACAUGUACAAAUGUAGUAGUUCAUUUUCAUGAAUUGUCCUGUCAUUCCUGCCCCUUGAAUAAAACUCUCUGCCUGCUUUACUCCCACUA